AUGAUGGCGACUCCUUUGGACGUCACCCUAGUCGGCAUCGUUGGCGGUCCUGGGUCAGGCAAAGGCACGCAGUGCUCACGACUUGCGAAAAGCUUGAACCUCGAACAUCUCAGCAUUGGAGACGUUCUGCGCGCCGAGAUGGCAGACAAGAACAACCCGCAUGCGCAGACCAUCAAAGACAACAUGACUGCCGGCCGUGUGGGUCCACCGCAUCUCACAGUCGGAUUACUGAAGAAGCGCAUACUGGCCGCGAUGGAACGAGGUAUCCAGACCUUUGUUCUUGACGGAACAGGACUCAUCUUCACCACAAAUAAGUCAGUGGCUGAUGAAGACCCAGGGUGGGCUCGAAACACAGAUCAAUGCACGUAUCUUGAGCGCGAGAUAGCACCGGUGAAGAAGGUCAUUGUGCUUGAAUGUGGAGAUGAAGUGCUCAUGCAGCGGCUGGCUGCCGCUCAGAGGGACCGGUUCGACGACAAUGCCGAUAACAUACAGAGGCGCAUCGACACAUUCCGGGAGACGACAUCAAAAGUGAUAGAUGCUUUCGAAGCCGCUGGAAAAGUGACCAGAAUUGACGGCGAGAGGGACGUUGAAGCUGUCCAUCGGGAGCUUUUGGGGGAGGUACAAGCUGUGAUGAAGACUUAG